UAAGAAAGCUACUAAUCAUUCCUUUCUUCUCGUCUCCACUCUUCCUUGAACUCAAACCGGUUUCUUUCCCCUUCGAAUGGAAAUCGAUCCACUUCCAAACGGUAGCGGUUCGAAUGCCGCAACAGGCCCCGAAACCGCAGCAACGACAACCGCAAUUACCGUCACAUCGAACACGGCGCCGUCCUCGAAACUGAGCCAUCUAACGGAAUCGUUAAAAUUAGAGCACCAAUUCUUGCGUGUUCCUUUUGAACAUUUCAAGAAAACAAUCCGAACCAAUCACCGAACAGUCGAGAAAGAAGUCUCUGCCGUUAUUUCAAGCGUCACUGACGUGGCUGACUCCGACGAAAUAUCCAAAGACGAUGCCAUUUUGAGUCUCACUUCCCUUGUUUCCCGUUUGCAGGGCAUCAAGCGCAAGUUGGAAGAGGGGAGUCAUGCAGAGAACUUGCAAGCUCAUAGGUGUCGUGCUCGUCUUGAUCACUUAGAUUCAGCGGAUGCUGAGAACCUUUCUGAAUGGAAUAAUGUGCGAUUGAAGCGGGUCCUUGUGGACUACAUGUCGCGUAUGUCAUACUAUGACUCUGCAAUGAAGCUGGCAGAAAGCAGCAACAUACAGGAACUUGUCGAUAUUGAUGUUUUCCAAGAAGCUAAGAAGGUUAUUGAUGGCCUUAGAAAUCAAGAGGUGGGUCCUGCCCUUGCCUGGUGUGCAGAUAACAAAUCAAGGUUGAAGAAAUCCAAGAGCAAAUUCGAGUUCCAGUUGAGACUUCAGGAAUUCGUUGAAUUGGUACGAGCUGAGAACUACAUGCGCGCUAUUUCGUACGCUCGAAGGUACCUUUCCCCAUGGGGAGCAACUCAUUUGAAAGAAUUUCAACGAGUCAUGGCAACUUUGGCCGUUAGAAGCCACACUGAAUGUGCAAAAUACAAGGUUUUGUUUGAACCUAAGCAGUGGGACUUCCUGGUGGAUCAGUUUAAACAAGAAUUCUGCAGGUUAUAUGGCAUGACUCUGGAGCCAUUGCUGCUUACUUAUCUACAAGCGGGCUUGUCUGCUUUGAAAACUCCAUACUGUUACGAAGAUGACUGCACCAAGGAGGACCCAUUGUCACAGGACAGCUUCCGGAAGUUGGCCAUGCCUUUGCCAUAUUCCAAGCAGCAUCACUCGAAGCUUGUUUGCUACAUAACCAAAGAGCUGAUGGAUACUGAAAACCCACCACAAGUCUUACCUAAUGGCUAUGUCUACAGCACUAAGGCUCUGAAAGAAAUGGCUGAGAAAAACAAUGGUAAAAUUACAUGUCCAAGAACAGGUCUGGUGUGCAGUUAUUCAGAUCUGGUUAAAGCAUAUAUCUCAUAAAUCGGCAUGGCUGAAGAUGGUAAAUAAUCCAUUUUUUAUGAGAAUUGUUACGUCAAGUUGUUGGUAAUUUCUUGGACCUAUCUGUAAAUAGGUAACAUUCAGAAAAUUCAGAUUUAAGAACUAAUGUGCAAGUUCUUCUUGCACCUCAACUUGUUAGGUUUUGAAGAAUUUACCUCGUGUAAAUAUGCAGAAAACGUCUGUUUUUAAAUUUACUUGUAAUUGUUAUUAACUUGUUACCUGUUUAAUAAUUAGCCAAGAAUAAGUUAUAAGCA